AUGAGCGUUGGCUCGAGACCCAUCGACUACAGCAAGCCUUUCGAGCUGGGCCGAGCUUGCGGGAUGAAGUCAGAUGGUUGGGCUGCCAAGUGCCUCGCCGGCGCUGGCGUUGGCCUUUUGGCCGUGGCAGGCGUUCGUGCAUACCUCAGGCGGAGGCCCAAGGGCUACCGUCGCCCCACGUGGCGUGCACUGCCGGAGGGCGAUCUCUUGCAGCAAGGCUUCAAGCUGAGCCGCGUCCCGGAGGAUUUGGAUUUCAUCGUCAUUGGAAGUGGCAUGGGCGGCCUGUGGCUCUCUGCUGCGCUCACAAAGUGUGGCUACAAAGUCUUGGUCCUGGAGCAGCACUACAUCGCAGGGGGCUGCUGUCACGCCUUUAGCCAGAAUGGUGUGGAGUUCACGCCAGGUAUUCACUAUAUCGGCGACAUCGACAUGGCCAAAGGAUUGUUGGGAGCCGUUGGUGAUCCCAAAUUCCAGGCCGAUUGGCACCAGCUGGGAGCUUCUGACGAUGGCGGUCUCUACGACAAGGCUUUGUUUGGCGAUCGGGAGCCCAUCUUUUUGCGGCAGGGUCGUGACGCGUGGUAUGCUGAGAUGUGCAAGCACAUGCCUGGGAAGGAGAAGCUGCUGAAAGGGUGGCUGGCUGCACUGGACGAGGCGAGGAAGGCCUACAUGCCCUUAUUCUUUGCCAAAGCGUGGCAGCCCUGGACGCAGUGGUUCUGGCUUCGGCUCUGCUGCCGUGCUGGCUUGAAGUGGGCGGGCAAGACCGUGCACGAGGUCAUCCAAGAACUGGGCGGAGAUGAAGUGGACGAAGCGCUCUUGACGUUUCAAUGCAUGGACCAUGGCGAGACACCCAGGACUGCCUCCUUCCCGGUGCAUGCCAUGAUUGUGUCUCACUAUAUGAAUGGCGCCUGGUUCCCCAAGGGCGGUCCAUUGUCUUUGGCCCGGACCUUGACCUCCACCAUCUUCAAGGGUGGUGGUGCUGUGUUGGUGCGCGCGCCGGUGCAACAGAUUCAGGUGACCAACGGCCGCGCCACUGGCGUCCAGAUGAAGAAAAAAGAUGUCGUGCUGAAUUGUCGCAAGGGUGUGGUUUCAGCUGCCGGAUUGGAUGCGACCAUUCAUCGACUGCUAAGUCCUGAGGACGUCGACCAGUACUUGAGUGAAGAGCGCGACUUCAUGCACUCCUUGGGACAAGGGACCUCGUGCCUCUCAGCUUUUGUCACCGUGAAAGGCAAUGCCAAGGAGUUGGGGCUUUCAGAUCACAACGUGUGGUUCUUCCCCAAACCUCCCAGCGUGGGCUACUCGCUGGACGAGAUCACGGCCGAGAGUCGCGCCAAUGCGGCGAAGAUGAAUAGCACCGAAGGCAACUUCUUUUGCUUCAUUGGUGCGGGAUCUCUCAAGGAUCCCGAAUGCAUGGAACAGCACCCCGACACAAUCGCUUUGGAGAUGAUCACCGACGCAGAGGCCGAGCCGUUCUUAGCCUUGAGCGAUGUGGAGAGCCAUCGGCGUACGGCAGAAUACAAGGGACACAAGAAGCAGCUGGAGGAGCGCUUCCGUCAGAUCCUGCUGGCAGUGUAUCCCAAGCUGGAGCAUCAUAUCAUCAACAUCGACGUCUCCACACCUUUGUCCGUGGACUUCUAUCUCAAGCGCACCGCCAUCUACGGCCUCCCGCACACGCCACAGAGGAUCACCAGCCCACUGCCUCGGGUGGUGACGAAGAUCCAGAAUCUCUACCUCAGCG